CACACCUCAGUCCUCCUCGGUAAAAAAAAUAAACGCGCUCCACCAACUAGUGUAGACCCUCUUCCUCGCUUCCCUAUUCAACUCCAUUCUUUUUCCCUGCAGCUCCCUUCUCUCCACUAUUCCAGCAAAAAUCAAUAGUGAUGUCCUUCCUCGGCGGUGCUGAGUGUUCAACUGGACGCAAUCCUCUUGCUCAGUUCACCAAACAUGUUAGCAAGGACAAGAGUCUCGAGAGGGAUCGCUUAGGUAGCCUCCCUGUGGGGCCCGAACUUGGUGGUUUGCGAACGGCGGGAGGUGAAAUGGCGGGUGCGGACAAGCAGAUGAUGGAUGAAUUUUAUAGCCAACAAUCUGGAGCAUCCCCCUUCGCUUUCGAAUCAAUGCGGCGAGAGCUCUCGGAUCUGCAGCAUGGACCAGCGCCCAUGGCAGGCCAACCCUGGGCUUCCGAAUUUGGGACCCAGCAGGCCAUGAAUCCUCAGGAGCAAGCCAUGAUGGAGGCUGCGUUUGUCGCCAGAAACAAAUCUAGCGAAUUCAGCACAGCAGAAUUCGCUCGCUUCCAGAAUUCCCCUUCCUCUGGUGAUAUCCAGAUGGCAUUACCAGCUCCAACUCAAGCAGCCUCGACUCCCUAUUACCAACAAUUUCGUGGAUACAACAAUUUCAACCAAGGUUUACCGUUCCAAGUCCAUCAGCCGAUGAUACAGCAGUUACAGAUGCAGAACCAACAACAAGACCCGAAGGGCAAGGGGAAGCAGGUUGUAGAGCUAUCGGAUGAAAACUGGGAAUCCCAGUUCAAAGAAAUGGAGGCCAUGAACAAGACUUUAGAUGCGGACGAUCAGGCAAAUAAGGAUAUCGAGGCCGAGCUAAACUCUCAACCAGAAACCAUGUAUGGUGAUUUCCAGUCGGUAUGGGAAGGGAUUCAAGCCGAGACUGGUGGCGCUGCCUUGAACGGAGUGGACUGGCAAAACGAGUUCGACACGUCAAAUCCCUGGUCCGCCGAGGCCUCGGCUACAAACUCUAUGCCCAAUCUAGGGGAAUAUCUCUUCGAGUUGGAUAACCCAUACCUGAUGCAUGAGGAUCCAUUCUCGGAAGGAAAGAGGCUCAUGGAAUCUGGUGGAAACCUUUCUUUAGCAGCACUCGCCUUCGAGGCAGCUGUUCAGAAGGAUAAGAACCAUGUUGAGGCAUGGACAGAGCUCGGAGGAUGCCAGGCCGCGAACGAGAAGGAAACACCAGCCAUCCGGGCCUUGGAGGCAGCGCUAAAACUUGACGAAAAUAACCUUGGUGCCUUGAUGGGUCUCGCGGUAUCUUACACCAACGAGGGAUAUGAUUCAACGGCAUACUCCACAUUGGAACGCUGGCUCGCGACCAAAUAUCCUCAAGUUACUGAGCAAGCGCCUCCUGCGCCCAUCUCAACACUCGAUCGGAUGGCAAUUCACGAGCGAGUUACGAAUCUUUUCAUCCAAGCGGCUCAACUCUCUCCCGAAGGGACAGCCAUGGAUUCGGACGUUCAGGUCGGUUUGGGUGUUCUCUUCUAUGGUGCCGAGGAGUACGACAAAGCCGUCGACUGCUUUUCGGCAGCAUUAACAUCUACUUCGACCGGUUCUUCGUCACCCGAACACCUUCUAUGGAAUCGCCUCGGUGCAACACUUGCCAAUAGUGGACGAUCGGAAGAAGCCAUCAAUGCAUAUGAGCGAGCCUUGACCAUAAACCCGAACUUUGUCCGUGCAAGAUACAACCUAGGAGUAUCAUGUAUCAACAUUGGAUGUUACGAGCAGGCAGCAGAGCACCUCCUCGGCGCCCUUGCUAUGCACAAAGUUGCAGAAGAGAGAGCAAGACAAGACUUCAGUGAAGUCGGACUCGACCCUGCUCGCAUCGUACAGAACCAGAGCACCAAUCUCUUCGAUACCCUCCGACGUGUAUUCAGUCAGAUGGGUCGUAGGGACUUGGCAGAGCUGGUGACCAAUGGCAUGGAUAUUGAUGUUUUCAGGAAGGAGUUCGAAUUUUAGACAGGCCCGCAAUCAAUCGGUGUUCACUUUUUUUUGGCUAUGACGAGGGCGAGUGGUUGCUCUAUCUACUUAUUUUCUUUUUUUUCUUCUACAUUCUAUAUUUCUAUAUACCUACAUGGCACGGAGAGUUUGCUACAGGGCGAUAUUGUUGGGUUCAUAAAUGUGGUCGGUGGUAUGGGGGCUACGGCCAGUGCAGCAUAAAAUUUGCCAUUUCCCCCCGCAGAAUAAA